AUGCAAAUCAAGGACGAAGGGGCUCUAACGUUCCCUGGAAAGCUAAAGAGUGAUCCUAAGAAACGAUCUAGGGAUAAAUAUUGCUGCUUCCACCGUGACCAUGGUCACGACACGACCAAUUGCUAUGACCUGAAGCAGCAAAUUGAAGCCCCCAUCAGACAAGGAAAACUGCAGAGGUUCGUUAGCAAAGAGAGAACAGAUCCACCCCCACAAGAACAGCACCCCCGACUGGAGAAUGAGCGACCGAGACCCCCCAUAGGGGACAUAAGGAUGAUAGUGGGAGGAACAGCUGCAGCCGGGUCUUCAAAAAAGGCUCGCAAAACCUACCUCAGGAUGAUGCAAAAUGUUCAGCUGACGGGAACCGUGCCGAAGAUAGCACGGAGAGAAGGCCCUAUUAUCAGAUUCUUAGGAGAAGAUGCGCGAUGUCUUCACCAUCCAUAUGACGAUGCGCUCAUCGUCAGCAUACGGGUAGGGGACUACAACAUGCAUCGGGUGUUGGUAGACAACGGCAGCUCAGCAGAUAUCCUAUACUACCCGAUGUUCCAGCAAAUGAGGAUCAACAAGGAACAAUUGAUUCCGACAAACGCCUCGCUCGUUGGUUUCGAAGGAAGCCGGGUAUUCCCCUUGGGCGCGGUCACAAUAUCCGUGGCGGUAGGCGAUUACCCCCAGUAG